GUGGAGGGCCUACAGGAAGACGGGGAGUCUGGUCCCGCGGCCUCAGCCGACCACGGUCCUGGUGGGAUGGUCUGCAGCCUCGGGUCCUCAGAGCUCUCCGUGUCGCGGCUGCUGAGCGCCGUGGAGAGCGAGCUGCAGGCUGGCCGCGAGAAGGGCGACCCCACGGAGCGGGAGCUGAAAGUGGCACUGGAGGACGCCGACCUGUGGAGGAAGUUCCAACACAUCACCAAUGAGAUGAUCGUCACCAAGAACGGACGCCGGAUGUUCCCGGUCCUGAAGGUGAGCGUCUCCGGUCUGGAUCCCAGCUCCAUGUACUCCUUCCUGCUGGACUUCGUUCCAGCCGACAGCUGCCGCUGGAAGUUUGUGAACGGGGAGUGGGUGGCGGCCGGCCGGGCGGAGGGCCGUGGUGAGGGGCGGGGCCAUGGCGGGAUCUACAUCCACCCUGACUCUCCGAACUUUGGGGCCCACUGGAUGAAAGCCCCCGUGAGCUUCAAUAAAGUCAAACUAACCAACAAGGUGAACGGAGGAGGACAGAUUAUGUUGAACUCUCUCCAUAAAUAUGAGCCUCAGCUGCACAUCGUCUGCGUGGGCUCACRUCAUCGUUUGGUUUCCAACGUUUCCUUUAAAGAAACUCAGUUUAUUGCUGUCACCGCCUACCAGAACGAAGAGAUUACAGCCCUGAAGAUCAAAUACAACCCAUUUGCUAAAGCCUUCCUGGAUGCUAAAGAAAGGAAUCCAGCAGCUCGGAGUUUACCCGAGUCUCCGGAGAACAGAGUGGCUCUCCAGCCCU